AUGAAAAUUUUUUAGCUAGAUUUAUUUAGUUCUGGCUUUUACUUUAAUCUAGAUGGAUAAAAUUACAAGAAAGGUACUGUUUAAGGAGUUGCUUUAUCAUUAGCGUCUCUGAUAUUAGUCAUUUCUUACUUUAUUUAUUUACUUGAUCAAUAUAUUAACAACCAAAUUGAACCAUAAUUCAGAUCUUAAAGUUUUAUUACUGAUAGUCGAAAAGAAAUUUAGCUUGAUGAAGACUUGAUAGCUUUUCAAUUUUAUUACAAUUCUAGCUUAACAAUAAGUUAGUACGAGGCUUUGCAGAAUAAAACUUAUUUGGUUUUUUAAGCAUACUUUUACUAUUAUGAUCCAUAAAAAAAUAUAAACUAAAUAAUAAAUUUAGACAUAAUAUAAUGCACAAAUGCUUGGCUUUAAGGUUAAAAUUGUAUAGAUUUCUCUUAAAUUAGAAACUACUCUCUAAUACUUGAUAAUAAUAAUAAUAUUUUUUCCUAGUUAUAUAUAAGUGUCUACGGAUGCUUAGAUUUAGAUAACAUAAAAACAGUGAUUCCAAAUAAUUGUGGUUUGUAAAGUGAAAUAGAUGCUAUUAUAAAUGGGUCUGCAUCAGGUGUAAGCAUGUCACUAAAAACUCAAUAAUAUAACACAACCUCUAUGUAAAUUUAGACAAAUUAUAGGUUUAUUUACAGCUAUAGUACAUCUAGUUAGUACAUAAUAACUAACUUAAAAGCUUAAAUGUAGGAGACUCAAGUAAAGUAGGGCUUGAUUAUUUAAGAGUAAAAAACUUACACUUCUCCUAUUUAUUAUGAUCAAACUAUGUUUAGCUUAGAUAGGUAACUUUCUUUAUAAUAAGGUAUUGGUCCAUACAACUAAAUUACAGUUUAAAUGGAUGAAUAUGUACAAUAUGUUAAUGUUUAAUAUGCUACAAUUACUUAGAUAUUAGCGCUGGUUAAUAGUGUUGCAACAGUGAUAAUGGUGUGUAGAGUUUUGGGAAUAUAUGUAUCUCAAAAACUAAUCAAACAAGACUUUUUUAUUCUGAUAAUGAGAAAUCUUUUUUUAGAAAAAUGCCAAUAAAUUCUUCAAAAUAAUAGCUAAAUCACAUAGAAUUGCUAAUUAUAUAUUUAAAGCUAAAGUAAAGAAGGAAAUAGUAAAAAAGAACAAAACGAAGAAACAGAUGAGUUCACUGAUGAUAUUUCCGAAAAUCAAAAUAAAAAAGACAUAGUUUUACCAAGUUUUUAGUUUAAAUAUUUACAAAACACAUUUAAAUCAAAAUCAUUUUUCAAUGAUAGCAGUUGCUCAUCUAAGUAGAAAUAACUAUUUGAUGAUGAAUAAUAAUUUAAAGAUGAAGUAAAAGAUACCCUUUCUUAAUUUUCUCUAAAGAAUUAAAGUUAAGUUUGCAAUAAUAUGACAAAUUAUUCUAAAAUAGAUAAGAUAAACUAAAUUGCAAAAAAUGAAUUUCAUCUGGAUAAAUAAAUUAAUAAUGGAAUAUUUGAUAAGGAGAAAUAAUUAAAUUUUACCUAAUAAAAAUUCUUUUAGAAAUAGAUAGACUUUGAAAAAAAAGAUCUAAAAGUAGAUUUAAAAAGCUUACAAAAUAAAAAUUAAAAGAAUUUUGGUGAUGUAAUUUCCUAAAAAUUAAAGGUAAUGAAUAGUAGCUAGAUGAAGUAGUCUAUUUAGAAUACAAUAUUUAAUUUCAAAUGCUUGAAAUCUAAAUUUUUACAAAGCAAAGGCAUUAAAUAAAAAGAAAUAAAAAAAAUCGAUUAAGAAGUAUAAAAGAAUUUAAAUAUUAAUGAGUUUUUUAAAGAUAUUAUAUUCUUGAAAAAAGCUGUAUGUAUGUUGCUUAGCUUAGACUAAAUAGCUGCAAUUCAACUUGUUAGUCUGACUGAUAAUUUUACAAACCUAGAUUUAGAAGGUAAAGAUUCAAAAGUUAACUAUGAAUUAGAAAAAGUAAAAUUAAAUCACUUUGAAAAAUAGUUUUCAGUAUUACAAUGUGAGUAAUUGUAGUUAUAUUAUAUAGAAAAAUUUUUAAUUAGGUAUUAGGAAGGAAAUUAUUUAAACGAUGUAGAUAAAAGAAUCAUUUCUUCUAUUUAAAAAAAAGCAAAUGAGUGA